AUGCUGAUGUUCCGAGAUCAGACCAAGCUACAUCCAGCCUCCAUCGGGCCAUUUGAAGUGGUUGCCACCCGACCAAACGUCUCGACGGGCCAUCCCUCUGGGUUUAUGGAACUGAGUUUUUCGAAAGAAUGGCUCAAGGUCGAGUUUGUGAGCUUUGACUCAGAGUGGCAGUUCAACGGGUUCUCGUCUGGAGAUAUUUUACCCGGAGGCAUUUCCAGAGGCCACUGCUGGUUUCUCCACAAGUCGGGGAAUACACCUGGCGUGCCGUGCAAUGCGUCCAAGGAAGGGCUGGUGGGACUGCCUACGUGA